CGGAGGCUAACCGCCGUAAACCCUCACAAAAGAAGAAGAAGGAACUUGGCGACUCUGACGUCAUCACGUAGAACGUGUAGCACUGAAGCAACAUGGCUCUGAAUGGAGAUGACAAGGACUUUGAGUGGGAGCCUCCAACAGAGGCAGAGAUGAAGGUGAUCCAGGCUCGCAGGGAGCGACAAGACAAAAUCAGCAAGCUGAUGGGAGACUACCUGCUCAAAGGAUACAGGAUGCUGGGAGAGUGCUGUGACGUGUGUGGGACAAUUCUUCUCCAGGACAAACAGCAGAAAUACUACUGUGUCUCGUGUCAGGAGCUGGACUCUGAUGUUGACAAGGACAACCCUGCUCUGAAUGCACAGGCUGCGUUGUCCCAAGUGAGAGAGAGACAGCUUGCAGCUCAGGCCAAUGCACCGCCCCAGGCACCGCCCCAGGCGUCGCCCCAGGCCCCCGAACUCAAUGGAGGCCCCAGCAGCAGUCAGGCAAGUGUGUUAGUUCCUCUGCCCAGACCAGAGCACUGUGAGGGGGCUGCAGCAGGGGGAAGAGCUCUCUUGCCUCCACCUGCUGUCCCUCCUCCUACACCUCCUACCCCCACCCCAGUCCCAGCACCUACUCGCCCCCCAGUGAUUCCACAGAGCCCUGCCCUCCAACCUAUGUUGCAAGAAGCUGAGGAGGCUGUUCUAAUCAAACUUCGGUGGGCCACUAACCAGCUACAGAGUUCGGCCUCCAUGGAAUCAAGUAUCCAGCUCUGCAGCCUCAUCACUAGCUGUGCCAACUCGCUGCGCAGCCUCAAGGAGCUCAGCCAGUAACCGUCAUGGAAAAGGUUGAAACCCUGGAGCGCUGUUUCUGCUCGCCUCUGUCCUGGAAUACUGACUCUGGUUAGCUGCUUUGCAGCAUCUCUCUUGGACUGACUCCUUGCAUAGAACUGAAAAUUAAAAUUGGUCAGCAAAUGCACUUGAAAUAAGAUUAAAAUGUCAUAAGUUCACAAGUUGCUCUUGAGUUAGUGUACCUAUAUGGCUUGCAGAAAUAUCAUGUUACAUUGUUUCCUAAAACAUUUAAGUACACAUGUUUGAACAUUUGACUGUUUUUGUCAAUUUGUAAGUUAUGACAGGAACAGAACAUGUCUAAAUGCAUUGGUAUGACUUUAAAACCAUCUGGACAUUACAACAUUUUAAAACAUGUAAUAAUCUAUGCUUAGGCUUUAAUUAAUCAAAAAAAGCCACCAAAUUGAAAGCUGGGUAAAUGUCAACAUUGGUUUUCUGAUUGGUUGUUCAGUAGUAUCCAAACAUGGUGUAGGUUUGAAUAUUCAAACAAAAGCUCAAGCUCUUGUGCCCAAAUGUCUGUAUAAUUGUGUGUCUGCACAUGCAACAGUGUUUUUGCUAAUAUACAACAUACUACUAGACCGAAAGUCCCCAAUUAUAAUGUAGAGAUGACUGUUGGUGUAUUGUUGAAAACACCAGUCUUCUGAUAAGAGAUGCAUUUUUCUAUUUACUGUUCAGUCUGGAUUCACAUGGAUGCUGUUGUCUGAGUCUCUUGUGAUGCAAAGAGUGUCAGUGGGCUAAAAGUUCUGAGGUUUUUAUUGUAAAUAUAUUUGAUAAAUGAUGAUGAUGGUGGUGUGAUGCUCAGAUGAAAUGGGCGACAUUCAGGAGUCAAAGUCAUAAUUCUUCAUUCAUUAAAAGCAUCUA